GAAGCGCUUUCCCUUCCUGGUGACAUUUCAGCCGCCACCUCAGCCGGAGGAGUGAGGUGGCAUCGGCGGUUGGCGGCUGUGCCGAGCCCAGAUAUUUCCUUUCUUCCUUCCUUCCUUCCUUCCUUCCUUUGCCAUCUUUUCCCCGGCGCAUGUUCUGUCGUUGCCUCUUCUUGGCUGCCGCGGCUCGUGUUAGUCCCCCGGUUCUUCGGCUCGCCACUUUUGUCUCCACAUCUUCCCCUUCUCUACGCCUGCUGACCCUCAUGAAGCCGGUGGUCGUCUUCGUUCUCGGCGGGCCUGGCGCCGGAAAGGGGACCCAGUGUGCCCGUAUUGUGGCGAAAUAUGGUUACACCCACCUCUCUGCAGGUGACCUCCUUCGGGAUGAAAGAAAGAGACCAGGCUCUCAGUAUGGAGAGCUUAUUGAAAGUUAUAUUAAAGAUGGGAAGAUUGUACCCGUUGAGAUAACAAUCAGUUUGUUAAAGAGGGCUAUGGAUGAAACUAUGGCAGCCAAUGCACAGAAGAAUAAAUUUUUAAUUGAUGGAUUUCCCAGAAAUGAAGACAACCUUCAAGGCUGGAACAAAACAAUGGAUGGAAAGGCAGAUGUAUCUUUUGUUCUCUUUUUUGAUUGUGAUAAUGAGGUAUGUAUUAAUCGCUGCCUUGAAAGGGGAAAGAGCAGUGGCAGAAGUGAUGACAACAGAGAGAGUUUGGAAAAGAGAAUUCACACAUAUCUAGAGUCUACUAAACCCAUAGUAGACCUCUAUGAGAAAAUGGGCAAAGUUAGGAAAGUGGAUGCCUCAAAAUCUGUUGAUGAGGUUUUUGGCAAAGUUGUGAACGUCUUUGAUAAAGAAGGCUAGUUCUCUACUUGAACACUCUUUUCAAACAUGCUUGGAUCUUGCUUUAAGAGCUGCUACUGUAGUCCAUUUUUAUAAUGGUGAUAAAAUAUGCCUUUUAAAACACUUCUUUGUUGAGAACAGUUUAAAAAUGGUUAAUUCUUUGAAAACCUGGUUUAAAAUAUGACUUAAAAGUGGCUUGUUAUUAAGGUGGAUACAUUGAAACUGACUUGAAGCUAGUGAGGAACGCUAGUUGCAGAAUAAAAGUAAUCAAAUAUGAAACGUAGCUAUUUCUAGAAAACACCUCACUAUCCUUUUGUUCCCUUCCUGCCAAAAGCCAUCUUUUUAAAAAAACCACACAGUGAAAUUGUACAUAUGAGUCAGAGUGCACAAUGAGUUUCUUCUUCUUUUUUCUUUUUUUUAAGUUUUGGACCAAAUAUAGGGAAAUUGUGUGUGGGUUUUUUACUUUAAAGAAAUAAUGAUAUUCACUGUUUUGAAUGACAGGCAAUUUCAGUAAACAAAGCUUUAAGCAGAGCACAUCUUUUUCAUUUCUCAUUUCUUGCUUAUCUGGUUUUCUAAUAAAGCAGUGCCUUUUACGGCACACCCCAAUAUUAAUCAUGUUGCUUGGAAAUUGUCCAAUUGAUUUCACAUUUAUAUAACUCCCCCACCCCCUCAUACCUUUGAGGCAUCUGAGAAAGGAGCCAUUCAACAUACAAAGUGGGAAAUGGUUGUGUGGGGGUGUUGUCUCCUUUCUCAAAGAGAAUGGGGAGCUGCAGUAUCUGAGGAUCACGUGGACUAUAGUUUGACUACUGAAUUGGAUCUAACCUAAUUUAGCUGGACUUUGGUUUAAUUGAAAUCAAUCUGAAAAGUUAGUCAUGAAUAAUUUAAGUCAUGUUGAUCUCAAUGGGACCCAAAUGCAAUAAAUCUAGGUUGGAUGGAAACCAAUGUGUUUAGGGCUGAGGUUUCAGAUGAAGUAGGUGCCAUUUAAUUGUAUGCGUUUGUCUAUUUACAAGUAAUAUGGGCAUUGAGUAUUUGUGAUGCUCGGGUUAAGAUAGUAGAAUUUGAAAUCUGAUGUUUGAGUGCAGCAACUACAACAUCAUAAUUCUGUCACAUAUCUCAAGCUGCGUGUUAAAAUUAUUCUAUGUGAUGUUUUGUAACAAAAUUGCUUAUUUAUUCAGUGGUAUAAAGAGUACUUGUUUGGGAUAAUAUGAAGGAGGAUAUUCUUAUGAUUGUGUCCCCCCCCUUAAAAUUGCACCGUGAAGAACAUUUUAACACAAUUAUACUUUUGAUAUGUUUUGCCAAUAUAAAAGAAAUCUGUAUUUUUCAUUUAAAUAUAUUUGAUCUUAAUUGUUUAAAUUUGGUGUCAUGCUAGUAGUAGAAAUAAGUUUUAAAUAAAUGGAAAUUUUGGAUGUCAGAGGUACUAAACUGUUUGCACAGCUGUUCUAAUUGCAUCUUAAGUUUAAAAUCUGUGCAGCAAAAACAUGGAAAUAGUUAGUUAGAUAUGUCUGCUGUUACUACUUUCCCCCCACUGGAUAGGACCUGGAAAACGAUUUUUUUGCUGUAACAACUGACAUGUGAACUGAUUGUGUUUUCAACUAUAGAUAAUUCUUCUUGUUAAUGUAAAUGUCACACAUAAUAAUAGAGUUUAGUGAUUUAUUUUGUCUUUUAAUUAAAAUAUAAUUAAUUGGCCUUGAAUAGCUAAAUCUUUGUACUCUGUGCUUUGGCUUUUCCAGAAGUACAAAGCCUGUGUGAAAACAUAUGAUGCCAGGAAUGAGAUAUUUAUGCAUAAAAGUACAGUGUUGUUGAGAACUUCCACCUAAUUUGAGAAAAAACAAAUCAUGAUCAGCUUUCCUUGGGGUGUGCCCAGAUCAUCACAUAGUCUUAUUUUAGAGAAGUGGAUUUCACUUUCCUUCUUUUUUAACCUUCGGAAAACCUUGAUCUAUUUGUCUGCCAAGGGAUCCUUAUG